AUGGACUCUACUUCUCAAAAGCAAACUGUUAUUUUAGAUGAUGAAUUGGAAAGUGCUAAGCAUGACAAGGGGUCAAUUAAAAGGUCCAAAGAAACUUCUGAUAUUUGGGUGUAUUUUAAGAAAAUCAAAGGGGUUGAUAGUAUAGAUAAAGCUGAAUGUAUUGGAUGUAAAAAACAGUACAAGUGUGGGGGUAAACAAUAUGGAACUUCUACGUUGUGGCGUCAUCUUAAAAUUUGUGACAAAUUAAAGUUUAAUGAUGUAGGACAAAUGAUUCUUGAUCAAGAUGGGAAGAUGAGAUCUAAGAAAAUAAAUCAAAAGCUUUCACGUGAGUUACUGGCUUGUGCAAUCAUCAGACAUGAUUUACCAUUUUCAUUUGUUGAGUAUGAUGGUAUUAGAACUUGGAUGAAGUAUAUAAAUCCUGAUGUUGCUUGCAUUUCUAGAAAUACUCUUGUUUCUGAUAUUAACCGAAUCUAUUUGAAGGAGAAAGAAAAACUCAAGUAUGUUUUGACUACUAUUCAGAAUAGAGUUUGUUUAACUUCAGAUUUGUGGACAGCGUGCACUAGUGAGGGUUAUAUUUGUUUGACUGCCCAUUUUGUUGAUAAUGACUGGAAAUUGAAUAGUAAAAUACUUAGUUUUUCUCAUAUGCCCCCUCCACACUCAGGAGUUGAAUUAGCUGCAAAAUUGUUUGAAUAUUUGAAGGAAUGGGGAAUUGAGAAAAAGGUUUUCUCUUUGACAUUGGAUAAUGCAUCUAGUAACGAUAACAUGCAAGUUCAUUUGAAAGAGCAACUCUCUUUGCAUGAUAGUUUAUUAUGUGACGGUGAAUUUUUUCAUGUUCGUUGUUCUGCUCAUAUAUUGAAUCUCAUUGUCCAAGAAGGUUUGAAAGUGGCUACUGUGGCUUUGAAUAAAAUUAGAGAGUCGGUCAAGUAUGUUAAAGGUUCAGAGACUAGGAUGAAGAAAUUUGGAGAGUGUGUACAAGCAGUUGGUAACAUUGAUACUAGUAUUGGCUUGCGAUUGGAUGUGUCUACUCGUUGGAACUCAACAUAUUUAAUGCUGGAUAGUGCCAUCAAAUAUAAAAAAGCUUUUGCUUCUCUUCAAUUCAAUGACAAGAAUUAUAAAUAUUGUCCUUCAAGUGAAGAGUGGAAAAGAGGAGAGAAAAUAUGUGAGUUCCUUGAGCCAUUUUAUGACACUACUAAUUUAAUCUCUGGUUCUUCUUAUCCUACAUCAAAUUUAUUUUUUAUGCAAGUCUGGAAAAUUGAAGUUUUGUUAAAGGAAAACUUAUCGAAUGAAGAUGAGGUGAUAAGUUGUAUGUGUAAAAAAAUGAUGGAGAAGUUUGACAAGUAUUGGACUCAAUAUAGCAUGGUGCUUGCAUUUGGAGCUAUUCUUGACCCACGAAUAAAGUUUUCGAUGUUAGAGUUUUUUUAUUCAAAGGUUGAAAGUGAUGCUCUUAAAUGCCAAAAGAAGAUGGAUCUUGUGAAGACAAAAUUGUAUAAGCUUUUUGACCAGUAUUCUAAUACGAACAAUACAAGUUCUUCACAACCACAAUCUUCUACCACACAUACACUUUCACAAAGUGUAGGAGGAGUUAAGGGAAAGAACAAAAGAAUCUUUGAUGAAAUGAUGGCAUAUGAGAGCCAAACAAUUACAAGUGCUGGAAAAUCUCAAUUGGAUCUCUAUUUAGAGGAGCCAAAACUUGAAUUUGCUUAUUAUCAAGAUUUGGAUAUUUUGGAGCAUUGGAAGAAUCAAAAGCAUCGAUAUCCAACACUUGCACUAAUGGCAUGUGAUGUUUUAGCUAUUCCUAUAACUACUGUUGCAUCUGAAUCAGCUUUUUCCAUUGGUGCUCGUGUACUUACCAAGUAUAGAAGUUGCACCCUUCAUGAAAAAGUACAAGCUCUUAUUUGCACUCGCAAUUGGUUACAUGGUUAUGCUAUUGAUAAAGAUAAUGAAGAUAAUGCAAGUAUCAAAACAACAUUCUCUAAGCAAGAAUCAAAUACUCUAGAAGAGGAUAUCAAUGAAGAGAAAAGAGAUGAAGGAGGAUCAGAAGAAAUUGAUGUGGAUGAUUAUGUUGACUUGCUGAUUGCUGUGGACUGUGGACCUGCGGAGUGCGGACUGUGGCUUUGGUGGAUAUUGUUGACUAAUGACUUGCUGAUGGCUGUGGAUUGUGGUUGUGGACCUACGGACUGUGGCCCGCGGGUUGGCCCGCUUAACCCGCAGCCCGCCUUGAAUUGGGUUGGGUUGAAGAUUUUGCAGUCCGCCGGGAUGUUCUACCGGUUCCGGUUGAACCGGUUCCGGUUAGUUAACCGGUUCCAACCAAGAACCGGAGGCGGCGGCGACGGCGGCGGCGGCGGCGGCGGCGGUGACAGCUGGCAGUCGAAGGGGCGGAUAUGGGAGUUCCAGCGGGACAUGAUCGCCGGGGCGGUGAUGGGAGGCGCAGUUCACACCGUGGUGGCGCCGAUCGAGCGUGGCAAGCUGCUGCUCCAGAUGUAG